ACCAUUGUAUUUAUUGCAUCCUUAGGGGCUGUUGACAAAUAGAUUUCAUCUGGCAAUGGCAGAUUCGUUUCGCGAUGAUCUGGACCACAAUCGCCGUCCAAUUCAUUUGAAGCCUUCACACACAAGAGUAGGAGGAAGUAAGUACAGAGCCUCCCUACAAUAAAACUACAGUAAGAUAAAAAUUUUUUUACCUAGAUCAAGGGAUAGUAUCAACGCUAUAUAGUCAUGAAAUUAAAAGCUUAUAGAAUAGUCCUUCCAUUAUAAACAGUUACUACAGUAUAAACAACAAGAGAAAAGUGUUAUGUCAUGCAAACAUUAAAUUCAAAUAAAAUAAAAAGAAAUUCCCUCUGCUGCGCUGACGUGUUUUUAAUACAAAUAUACUAAGAAAAACAGCAUAAUUAUGCAAUGUACAUAAUCUGAACUGUACUUAUAUAUUAGUAUGCAGUCUAUAUAGUUCAAGGGCAAGUUGACACAUUGUCCAAAAUUGUAACUCCCACCCCACUCCCCACCCACGCACACACUUUAAAAUAUACACCCCUUAGGGACUGGUCAUUAUUUAUGGCGGGGGGUGGCACCGAAGAGAAAUGUUUUCCGUGUCAAACAUUUUGCUGACCCAACCAUUAAAAAGACAAAAAUUUGAUUACCCAACCUCAAAUAUCAAUUAAAAAAUAACUACCUACCCCUGGCCAAAAACUUGACAAAAGGAUACCAUUCAGUUGUCAUACAUGUCCUUUAUCACCUCUGUGACAUGAGUUUGAUAGCGGCUUGUGAAAUUUUCUGCAGUCUAAAGUUUCGUGUUGUCUGCACAUGUACUUUCUUUGGAAACACUAUUUGUUUUGUCAAAAUGAUCAAGAUAGUGACUCUGAUUAAUUCGCAUAUUGUAUUGACAAAUGACUAUUGACAUUGCUUUUCAGUCAACAAUGAGUCAUGCUUUGGAAAUGACAAUAAUUUUUUAUCACCCAACCCUUGAGCUGUUUUGUUUUUAUUUACCCAACCUUUUACUUACUGAAAAUUUUGUUUACCCAACCUUUUUCUCUUCGGUGCCACCCCCCGCCAUAAAUAAUGCCCGGUCUCUUAAGCCUAGAUCGUCCAAAAAGCUUAAAAAUGACUCAUAUAUGCAAAACAUUUUUUGAAAAUAUUUAAAAUUGGAUAUGUUAUUAAGGAUAAUGUUUUUCAAUUUUCUGUCCUAGCGGGAGAGUUUGCUAUUAUUGAUAACAACUUGUUAAACGAUUUAAAGUAUCUAAUGUCUCUUCCACACAUUCCCCGUGGUUGUUGAAAGUUACUGCUAACCACAGAGUAAAAUACAGCAAAUCGAACCUGUAUGCUAUUAGUCUGUGCUAAACCUUUAUGUUUCUUUACUCAAGGCAUUUCCAACAUAUGAAGUGUCGAGUAGAAUAACAGUUCUGGGAUUUGAUUUCCUCAAGCCAUAGCUCGGGCACAGAGAACACCUUUCGCCAUUAUAAACCGCUUGCAUUGUUCUUGGUUAACGUCAAUUGGAUUAUUUUUCUAAGGGCCGGACCGUUAGAAAUCCCGGGAUGGGGGUGACAAUUCCCCCCAAAAUGACUGGGAAAAACAAACGGCAACAUUUUGAUUCGAAUGUUUUAUACUGUAUAUGUUUAUAUGUUACAUACACUAUUCUAGGAUUUCUAAUGGUCCGCUCCAAAUGGCAGAAGGGGGGGAAAUUAGCAUUACUGUAGGUGUGAAAGUCCCCGCCAAAUGUUUACAGCCUGGUUUCAGCCGAAUGAAUUUUGCGAUAUAUGCACACUUUUAAAGGGUUAAAAACUGCUGCACGCAUUUUACCCGAUUUCUUUCAAAAUUGCACAAAAUAUUGCGACAUAGUUUAGCUACAAAUUGUGUAUGGGAAUUUUUUUUAAUCAAAAUUAAGUAAGUUACAGGCCUUUACAUAAAUUACAUGCCAUUUUUUGUGUGAUAACAUAGGUCUGGAAAGAACUACACGUAGCUUGUUAACGCCUGAAGCAAUAGAAAAUCCCCAGACACACUUCUUUAGAGCAAUCAUCAAGGAGUGUAUAGAAGGAUAUUUGAGAGAAAGAAGCCAAAACGAACAGAAACUCGCCGAAGAUGGUUACCUUGAUUUCAGAUAUACAAAAAAAGAAAAACCCAUUAAAUGUCUUGUUAACAAUACUAAUAGGUAGAGCGUUUAGUUUGCAAUAGUUGGUGCAAAUUAGAUGCCGAUGCUUAAAUAUUGAGUGCGUAAUGCCAACUUUCCUGAGCCAGCUGCGUAGAGUGUUCUGUAUAUAUAACCUUAAAGGGAAUUAGCAUAAAGAUUAAAUUUCGCCCAGUUGAAAGAGUGAUUCAAAAAAUUCAAAAUCUUAUUACAGAUUUUCUUUAUCGUUCUUGGUAUGAAAGAUAUUACCCUUCAUUUCAUUUAAAGGGUAACUGCACAGAGAUGAAUGAUUUACUUUUUCAGUUUUCUAGAAGAAGUUUGUUUAAGAGUGUAUUAACUUAAGUGUAAAUUCAAACAAUGCAUAAAAUUCAAUAACAAACAUUAAAGUUAUGCUUGGGUCAUUAAGUUUUGACAUUGAUUUAAUCGUUUUAUUUUUUUUAACCAGAGGUGCAUGAAUUUUCAGCGAUCUCAGGAAGGUUAAGAGAUCUCAGAGGCGGUGCAACGCUAUCUGAUGGGAAGUGCGCACCUCGUCGCACCCCUCCCCCCGCACCGCCAAGAAAAUCCGGCUAUUGCUCGUUUGCAAUCGACGCCAUCUUGGUUGAUUCAGUCGUUGCAACUAAAAAUCUAUAUUCUUCAUUCUUUGUCGUAUUGUGCCAGAAAUCGUAAACUAUCCAUAAUAUAGUAAGAUGUUUUCAAAACAAACUAAAAAUAUUUUAGUAAUUCAACUAUUUCGAUGUAAACGGUUUGACGAAACUUUAAAAUCAGAUGGCGCCUAAUGACACGUAGUGACGUCAUGUGCAAGCAAAGAAUUGUCAAAAUAAGUGAAUUAUCGGAUGAACUAUCUACCAUGCCCAUGCACGGUUUGGUCACAAUUAAGGAUCAUCCGUUUCUGGAACAAAACGACAUUUCAGUUUGCAAUGACUAAAGUUUGACAAUGUCGUGGGACUGCCCGCAGGCUAAUUUGUAAGCUUACAAUUGACGUGUCGCUAGUCACUUCACUAGAAUUUUAAAUUUUGUAAAAGCUGUUGUAAAUUAAGAUCUUCACUCGUACAAAAAGUUGAAUAAUAAUAAUAAUAAUAAUAACAAACAAAUUUACAUAAGUGAACGUUGUGUUAAAUAUUAUCAAGUUCUGUUCUCAAAUCCAAACUCUACACUCUCAAAAACAUGUGUUUCACAUCACGCGUGAAUCGCGCGAGACUGUCUCGUUCCACAAUAAUUAUACAUACUCCCCCACCUUGACAGAUCAGAAAUAUAUCUGUCAAUAUAACAAUAUAACAAUUAAAUUAUUUCAAUACAUACAGUUUCAGUCCAUGUUUUCUGCAUUUGCUCUUUCAACAAAGGUGAUUGGAAACUCAUUUGUAUCUACAUGUUCAAGUUUGCUGUCUUUCACUUCAACGGGAUAUAGUCUCUGUACCGCUCAUCUCGUUGUCGCGAGUUUUCCGGCUUUAUUGAACAUUCUUAGUGUUGCAGCUCGAACGUUUCCGUCUCUCCCCUUAAGUAAACUUUCUAUCACCGCGAUGGGCCAAUUUAAUCUUUUAAAGUUGUCUUCCUGAAUCAGAACGACAUCUCCGAUUUUAACUUCUGGGCCGUCUUUCUUUCUUGGUUGAUGAUGUUCGCGCAACUGCGUCAAAUACUCCGAUUUCCAUCUUUUCCAAAAAUGUUCAAGAACAUUCUUAAGAUACUUGUCUCUCUUCAACAGUUCGUUUCUUCCUUCGUCUUCUACGUCGAACUUUCCUUGCGCUGAAACCGUAAGUAUUCGUUUAUCUAACACUAAAUGUGACGGUGUUAAUGGUUCAUCUUAAUCUGGAUAUACAUAAGUUAGUGGUCUAGAGUUCAAAACUUCUUCUACUCGAAUCAAUAAUGUCAGAAGUUCUUCGUAAGUAAGUCUAGCAUUGCACAAGACAUCUCUUGACACUUCGUACCAUUCUUUCAUAAAAACCUCCCCACCAAGGGGAUUUUUCCACAAUAUAUCGCCAUUUAAUGUUCUUGGAGGCAAUAAAAGCUCUAAUUUCUUGACCUUUAAAUGUUUUUCCAUUGUCUGAAAUGAUCAGUACGGGGAUUCUACGUCUUCCGAUGAAUCGCUCUAAACUUCUAACGAAUGCUUCGCUUGACAUGUCUGGAACUAAAUCCAAAUGUAAGGCUCUACUGCUUGAACAAGUGUACAAGGAUAUGUAAACCUUGUGCAUAUCUUUCGAUUGACUGUAUAUGUCCUUCACGUACAUUGGACCUGCGUAAUCGACGCCGAUCUUGGAAAAGGCAAAAUCGUUGCUCAAACGGAACUCGGGUAGUGGUGACGCUUCUGGGUUCCCGUAAGGUGGGCCUUCUAAUCUUCGACAAAUGGUACAUUUCGAAAGGAUCUUUUUCACGACUUGGCGACCCUUUGUUAUCCAAUACUCGGAUCGAACUUGCGUCAGGGUUUCUCGAACUCCAUUGUGCAUGACUUGUUCGUGACUUCGAAGAACAACUAAUCUUGUAAAAUAGUGGUCACUUGGUAAAAGGAUAGGGAAUUUCGUAUCAUAGGGUAAGGGUGAUUCUUGUAUUCGUCCAUGGCAUCGUAUAAUGUUCUGUUUAUCUUCGAACAAGUUUAAGGACUCUUUUACUUUUCGACAAUUUUCUUUUUUGGACAUUGGAUGCUGAAUGUCUUUAAUCCAUUUCAGUUCUGCGCUGUCGAUUUCCUCACAGGUAAUCUGUCCAACCGUGGUAUGAAGAUUCUCUACGCGUUUCUUGAGAUUGUUAAUAAAACGUAGGACAUACGCUGUAACUCGAAGUAAUCUUCCAAUAGUGCUGUAUUCCGAGGCAUCCAUCAAUUCCGUGAUAUUUGGAAUUUGUGCGACAUUAACGAUUGAUGUACUAACGCUUACUCCCGGAGAUUUUAACUCGGAAUCGUCCUCUUGGGAAUUGGAAGGUUGGGAUGGCCAAUGUUCAGUAGACUUUAUUAAAAAUUCAGGACCGUUCCACCACAAUUUGUUUUCUACAAGCUGGGUUGCUGUUGUUCCUCGGGAUGCAAUGUCUGCUGGGUUUUGUUUGGUAGGUACAUACUUCCAUAAUUCGGGGGGUGCCAGUCUUCUUAUCUCUAAUAAUCGGUUUUCAACAAAUUGUUUGAAUUCUUUGUUAGAAUUUCGUAUCCAACUGAGCACUACAGUUGAAUCAGACCAAUAGGUGACUGAAUCGAUUCUCUUGACAUCAUUCAAGGCUUUCUUCACGCUUUCUGUUAACCGGGAUGCUAGAAGACUUGAUAAUAAUUCCAACCGAGGAAUUGUCUGCUUCGACUUGGGGCCACUCUUGUUUUGAAGCAACUAUAGAUCACAAUGAAUACCUUCUGAGUGUUCACAUCGUACGUAGACACACGCACCGUAAGAACCUUCGGACGCAUCUCCAAGGGAAUGCAACUCAGUCGACUUUAUUUCACUACCGAACGAAUCUGGACAAUAACAUCUUGGGAUACUCAUGUUGUUGGCUUCUUUCAAUUUCUGGACAAUCUUAUUCCAUUCUUCGCAGAAUUCGUCAUUCAGUGGUUCAUCCCAGUCGACUUUGCUCUUACUCAACUCUUGAAACAUUUGUUUGAAUCGAAGGGUGACUGGAGAUAUAAGACCUAACGGGUCAUAAAACUUUGCUGCGAUGCUUAGUAUGCUUCUCUUCGUGAUAGCAUUUGUCUCGACAUUCUUCAAGGGAGCAGAAAAGAUCAGAAUUAACAUGUCCGUUAGGGGAUUCCAUACUUGACCUAAGACACGAGGGUGGGAGUCGAGUUGCUGAGGGUCGACGAUUGACUUUGUAUAUCCUUGAUCUUCCUCCGUUACUGAACUCGGUAAAUUAGACGGCUGUUGAGGACUUUCUGAAAAUUGUGGAUAAUUUUGAAACUCCGUCAUUAAUUAUUUGCUGUUACUCAACCAUUUGCGCAUAUUGAAACCACCUUCGGACAAUUGGGUUUUGAUCUUCUUCGCCAAUUCCAAGGCCGAUUCUGGAUUAUUUGAACCAGAUGCAAGAUCAUCCACGUAGAGGGACUUUAGCACCUUGGUAACAAAGGUUGGAUCAAUGGUGGAAUAUUGAGUAAGGUGAUGAUGGAGUACAGCAUUCAAGAUGGCUGGACUGCAGGUAAGACCAAACACUAGUCGAGCAAAUCUUAAGGUUAAGAUCCAAAAGAAGCGUAAAUAAUCUCGAUGCUCUGGUGAGAUAGCAAUAUUCAAGAACGCUUUCCCGAUAUCUGCGAUCAUCGCUACUCUAUAUACGCGUAAUCGAACCAGAAUAUCGAAAAUCAGGGUGUUGAGGGAUGGUCCGGUAUGUAGACAGUCAUUCAAACUUGUUCCAGAACCUUUGGCUGAUGCAUCGUAUACAACUCUGACUUUUGUUGUAUUCUUAUCUUCUCGAAUGACUUCGCGAUGAGGAAGGUAAUGAAUGUUUCCAACCGGAACAAGGACGUCAUUAGCAUAUUCCACAACACCAGACUUUAUUUGAUCUUUUAUUAUAUUGUCAUACUCCUGUAGAAGAUUGGGUUUAGCCUUCAGUCGGGUUAUCAAGGAAUUAAGCCGUUUCACAGAGCCCGUAUGAUUGUCAGGUAGCAGUGGAUGUUCUUCUCGAAAGGGUAGUUUAAUUUCAUACUGUUUUCCAUUGAAGUUUAUUUCUUCCAUAAACUUAAACUCGGUGGUAAGCUCGUUGUCUCGAAUUCCUAGUGUUUCAAGAUCCUAUAAUUUUUCUAAUUGAUUGUACAGACUGUCAGUUGGGUUAGUUAUAACUGGUUCUGCAUCAAUACGGAGUACAUGGGUUGCAUUAAGGUUGGUCGUAUAGCUAGGGUUUCUCUAAUUCUUUUGGAUCACAGGUCAAGGCAGUACCCAUUCCAGUCUAGUAAGGACAGCUACAGGACCAGGUUUUGCACCACAUUUUGUUGUGCCAGUUAUGAAUUUCCAGUAGUAAUCUGCACCUAUUAAUAUGUCCACUUCUACAUCACUACCGUCAGACAUACCUGGGGUAUCUGCGAGAUUCAAACCACGAAGAUGUGGGUAUUCUUCAAGUGCAACUUUAAUUGACUGAUUGCUAAUUGGACUGCAGAUUGUAGGUACACUGUAUGCAUCCAUCGUAAUAUCAUUUCCUUUGGUAUCUGUUACUGCAAACUUAACUCUAUUGCAUGUGAGGACUUUUGGAGCUUCAUCACCAAAAGUCUUAAUAAGUAGGUUUUCUGACUCAACCGUCUCUAAAUUCAGGGUAUUUCUCAAUCUAUUUGAUAUGUAGGAUCGCUGACUACAUGAGUCAAACACAAUUCGAGCAUUAUGCUUUCCAACUAAUUCACUUCCAACUUUGCCCACUAAUUAUAAGCUCUGAGCUGUCUGUAGAAGAACUGCUGUAUUACUCUCAACAUACAUAGUAGAUGUUUCAGUUUGGGUUCCCUGUGCAGUUUCUGAUUUAGUACUGGGUUGAUUAACUUGCUGUUGUCUCACAGGGUCAUGUUGUUGUUCUAUCUUGCCUCCCGGGUAUUGGCAUUCUUCUCGCAGAUUGAUAAAUGAUGAUGACCACCACACUUUUGGCAUUUAUACUGAGAGUCACAAUGUUUUAUAAUAUGACCAGAUCUCAAGCAUAAGAAACAUGCAUUUCCCUUUUUUCCUUAGAAUUGCUCUACCGGCAGCUACAUCUGUAACAAUAGGGCACGAUGCUGAUUUAUGCUGCUUAGAACAAUAACUACAGUAUGGCACAGAUGACGGAGCUUUCCCAGAGAACAAUGUUGAUGAUGAAUAGGGCAAUUUCCCUCUAUAACGUCCGCUUCUAUUUUCAAAUGGCUUGGGUGAACUAUACUUUUGGGGAUUGUGUUACAUCUCUCUCUGGCUUCGAGUUCCCAUUUAAACUUACAUAACAGGUUUGUCAAUGUUCCAUUCAUUUUUCUCUAAGUUUCGAGCAACAAUGAGACGCAUUUCUUCAGGAAGCUUACUGACAAUAAGUGGUACGAGAAGUUUUCCAUACGAGUUAGAAUCUAUUCCCAGAUUUUUAAGACUUCUAAUGCGGGUUUCAAUUGAGUCAUACAAUUGACGAAUCUUACUGACCUUAUGUAUGUCACUAACAGCUGGUAAGUUCAGUAACUCCUCUAUAUGACUCGAUAUAAUAAUCUGGGGGUCAGCGAAUCUGUCUUUGAGAAAUUUAACUGCUGAUUCAUAGUUAUCUGCGGUUAGUGCGAAACCGUCAAUAGCUGAGGCGGCAUUGCCUUCAACCAAACUUUUCAGGUAAUUGAACUUAUCAAUUUUGAAUACACCGCUAUUAUUGUGUACUGCAGCUUCGAAACUGUCCCAAAAGGACUGCCAGAAUUUGGGGUCUCCAGAGAAUUUUCUCAAUGUCAGCUUUGGUAAUUUCGCUUUGAUUGUAGGGGUUGAUGUAUUUGCAGGGCUGCUGAUUGGAGCAGAUUCAGUAUUACUAGAAGACAGACUUGCUGCAUUGUGUACAGGGUUCAAAGCAUUAUUUAUCUUAACACGUACUCGAUUAAUCGACUCACCGAUAUCACUAGCUUCGAUUAUCUCGUUAUUGAUGUCUUCAUCUUUCGUAAACUCCAAUAUAGUUUCGUCAAUACUCUUACGAACUUCUUUCUUAUCUUUUAAAGUAACCUUGAUACUUUCUAACUUUUCUCUUUCACUCGUAGAUCCGCUAAAAUGCUCGAGAAUUUCGUCAGCACUGUCAAUAAUUUUACUCACGUAAGCACGAUGUCCGCCACGUAUUCGAAUCGAUCUUUCUGUCGACAUUUUCAAAUUUCCUUCGAAUUCUAUCCGGUUCUAAAGGACCAUGUUGUAAAUUAAGAUCUUCACUCGUAGAAAAAGUUGAAUAAUAAUAAUAAUAACAAACAAAUUUACAUAAAUGAAUGUUGUGUUACAUAUUAUCAAGUUCUGUUCUCUCAAAAACAUGUGUUUCACGUCACCCGUGAAUCGCGCGAGACUGUCUCGUUCCACGAUAAUUAUACAAAAGCCUUGCCUAAAACACAUGGUUUUCAAUAUAUACAUGUCUUUAUCAAAUUAUUGGUAUAGAAUAAAGCUUUAUAUUGUUCCACGGUUAAAUAAGCCCUUGGUAAAUCGAGUUUGUUUUAUGCCGUACCAUAAAAAAUACUUAAUCAAACAAAGAUGUCAACUGUUUUGAUAAUGCUCUCUAAUGCUAAUCUUUUAAUUUGAUUUUAGACAAAAUGCCAGCUGGUAAAGUCAUCUUACCUUCAUUCGAAUUCCAAAGUCAAGCAAAAGACCUGCCCAUGAAGUUGGUAUAUUCACCAUCAAUUAGGUGUUUUUUGGUUACGACUGAACCAGGCGUUCUGGGUUUCCUCGAUAUUGAUUCAAAAUCCAUUGUUAAGUCGGUUCUUAUUGAACGCGAGCUGCAUUACAGAGGUCGAUUGGCGCUUUCCCCUGAUAAUGACAUGAUUGCUUUAGCUUCUGAAAGCGAGUAUCACCAGAGGACUGGAAAGAUCCUUCCAAAUCGAUUAUGUAUCUGCAAAGUGAGUUAUGGUAAACUUAUUUUUCUCGAACCUCAUUUUAGUGUAUCGCCCACCACAGCCAUCAUUUAUUUUCCCGAUGGAAGUAAAAUUUUGGUUGUCAACUCUCACAAUGAGAGUAAAGAACAAAGUUUGGGAAGAAUGUUUGAAAUUCCAAAGAAACUUUCCUUCCAGAAUGAGCGUCACGCUAAGCAUCGUGAAGGUUUGGAGAAACACAGAAAUAUAAAGAAAUUGGAAUUUACUGACAUCCCUCUUUCUGAUCAUCUCGUAAUGCACCAAAAUGCCAGGGGAAAGUUUUAUGAACCUCUGGAAGAUGAGGAUGGUUGUAGAAAUGGUUUUGCCGUGGCCUUAUCACCCGAUACUACACGAAUUUUAGCAGGCAGCGGUUAUGGUGACUUACUCAUCUUUGAUGUAAACAGUCUGAAAGUUAUACAAUUUAUGUCAAUGUAUGCUUAUUAUUGUGAAGUCGUUUCAUGUCAGUACAACCCAGCGUUAGCGCAUCACGAGUUUGCAACUUUUGAUAUACGUGCCCGCUUAAGAGUCUGGAAGGUUGAAGACUUGGAAGAUGACAAAGAACAAAUUCAAUGUUUGCGUCGUUUUCAGUUUAAGGAAGAGCCCUUUGGAAGUGAUCAGUCAUUAUCUUAUUCCCCUGAUGGUGCGCUAAUUGCAUUAACCAGCACAAGCCGCGAAAGAACGACAGUAAUUUGUUCACAUUCUGGAGAAAUUCUUUAUACUUUGGUACACAAAGUUGUCGCAGAGGAACCUCGAGGACAUUCUCCGGCUUGUUUCAAUCUGUUCUUUGGUCAUUUGUGUCAAGUCGCUGCUGUUUAUCAGAAUAAUACUUUAUGUUGCUGGAAAUUGCCUAUUGUUUACAGUUUGAAAACCUUAUGUUUGUUAAUGCUCAGGUCCCACGUAAGGUAUAAUGACGUAGAUCAACUACCUUUGACGCAGCCACUAACCUUAAGAUUAAGAUAUCUCUAUGUGUAAAUUUUACUGUGAGCGAAUGUUUUUAUCACACAUAUAGAGAAUGAAGGUGAUAGGAUGAGAACAAAUUGUUAAAACAUUUUAACAGGUUUGCUGGACUCAUUCACAAGUUUGUUAUCAACUGUGCGAAAAUACCUGCAUGUUUUUUUCUUUUCUUGUCUGAGUCGAUUAAAACAUACAGUAAUUGUCGUUGCAUGAAAAUAGCUUAUAAAGCUAGCUAGCGCAACUUGGACUAAUCAAGUAAAGAAAUUAUAUUUGUAUACACUUGCCGAAAUAGAAGCAGCUGACCUAAACUCAGUCAAAAUCAUGUUCACUUAUAUUAAAUGAUGAAAAACAGAACCAGAAAUAAUAAAAAAACUCUUCCAGUCG